UGAUGCGGGCGACCACGUCAAGUUCAACUUUCCGAUGGCGUUCGUGAUGACCGCCUUGUCGUGGGGGCUGCUGUCCUACAGGGAGGGCUACGAGGCUGCCGGACAGGUGGCGCACGCAGAGGUUGCCAUCAAAUGGACAGUUGACUACUUCUUGAAAUGCCACAGCGAAAGUAGCACUUUGUGGGGUCAGGUUGGAGACGGUUAUCUGGACCACGCGUGGUGGGGCAGACCGGAGGAAAUGCCCAUGGAGCGACCGUCGUGGAAAAUUGACACAACUGCUCCAGGAUCUGAGCUUGCAGGAGAAACAGCUGCUGGUUUCGCUGCUGCAUCGUUGGUGUUUAGAGAGUCUGACCCAGCCUUGGCCGACGACCUGGUGAGGAGGGCGCGAGAACUCUUCGAUUUCGCCGACCAGUACCGGGCGAUGUAUCACGAGUCCAUCCCCAAUGCAGUGGACUUCUAUAAGUCAUGGAGCGGUUACGGAGACGACCUGGUGUGGUCAGCCUGUUGGCUGUACAAGGUAACCGGGGAGCAGUUCUACGCUGACAAGGCCAAAGAUUUAUGGGCGGAGUUCAAUACGGCAGCGCGCGGCACUGAAGGCUUCGGAAGUGAUAACAAGAACGCCGGAGAUCAGGUUUUGUUCGUAGAACUUUUUGGUGACGAGGAGUACGUGGAAGUCCUGACGGAGACGCUGAGGGCGUUCCGCAACAUGCCACACACACCGGGAGGCAUGCUCUACCUCAGCCAGUGGGGGUCUCUUGUUGGCGCCACGCAUACCGCCUUCAUCGCACUAAAGGCCGCUGACCUUGGAAUUGAGCCUGAAGUCAACAGGGCAUGGGCCGAGCAACAGAUCAACUACGCGCUUGGGUCCUCCGGCCGAUCCUACCUCAUCGGUUACGGCGACAAUUACCCGCUAAGGCCUCACCACAGGGGCAGCUCGUGCCUUGACCUGCCUGAGGUUUGCGACGACGGUUGGGCCUUGAACCAGCCUGGGCCAAACCCCCAAGUUCUCUACGGCGCCCUGGUGGGAGGACCUGACAUGAGCGACGGCUACACGGACGAGCGCAGCGACUACGUCCACAACGAGGUGUCGGUGGGCGGAAAUACGGGCUUCACAUCCGCGCUGGCUGCUCUCACCUCCCUCAGACAAGCAUGAUUUUAU